UUGGGAGCCCCGUCUCAUCGCUUGACUGUGAGCUGGACAGGGGCCUAUAUGAGAGAGAGAGGAGGGGGAUGGAUCAGAAUAGCAAGGGCGAAUGCGUCCGGGGAGUGAGUCGCGCUCCUUCGGGAGUGGAGACUCAUUCCGCCGUCCCCCGCAGUGGGGGAAGCCUAGGUGCAGCCGAAAGAACGGCGACUCGGUUCAUGUCCUCUCCAAGCUAAGUGCAGUGUUGCCGGAGCAGUAGCAGCAUCAGAAUCAUUCCGUGUUUUCAUUCCAUGCAUCCGUCUUGUUCCUGAUGUCCUGGCAUCGCAGCUGCUCCUCAAAGUCCCCUAUAUCAUUCCAUCUUCGUGGUCUCUGUCAUCCUCAAUUGCUCUUCUCCAUUCUUGCUUCUGAUCCUUCAGGUCCGUGCCACGAGACAGUCGUUGAUGUAGUUUGGAAUUGCUGAUACCGUCUUUGUCCAGUAUUUCACAAAGUUUCUCAGAAUCAAGGAAGGUUCGCACGUCCGUUUUUUAGGGGUAUAGUCUUGAUUUUUUCAAGAACGAUCCUCAUGGCUCCAUGCUUGUGUUCACCUACGAAUCAUCAGGGCUCUUUUCGAUGCCGACUUCAUCGGGGAGCCAGACAAAGCGCAGCGAUCGAUUCUAGUAGCUGGACCGCAAGAAGUCGAUCAUCGGCAACUGUUCCUUGUCUUUGUGCACCGACCAGUCACGUUGGCUCUUUUCGUUGCCGGUUUCAUCGCAACAAGGAGACAAGCUGGGGAGGACGUCCGCUUCGACAUUCGCCGAAAUCUAAAAUUCUAGCAAGCUCCGAGAGCUUUGCAGCCAAAUUGAAAUCUGGAGACACCGCUGGUCUUAAAAUGAACGUAAGAAUGAACCGACCAUUUUCGGAGGCCAAGCUUCGCAACGAGCAGACCAAGGUUCAACCCCAGAUAACAGCGGCAGCUGAAGAUCUUGGAAUCAUGUCUGUGAAAAUGUGUGUUCUUAAGGUUGUACAAGAUCACUUAUUGUAGAUAAUUUUAAUCAUUUCCCCCCCCUGUUUGCGUGGAAUGAUUUUUAUGGAGUACUAUCACGUGUAUGUUGUAACUGUAAGUUUAAAAAAGGUCAAGCAAUUUUCUGCUCCAGAUCUUCAAUCGA